AUGGUUCUUCGGAUUCGACUCGCCCGCUUCGGCAACAAGCACAACCCUUUCUUCAACAUUGUCGUUGCGCAAGCCCGCUCCGCCCGCGGCGCUAAGCCCCUCGAAGUCAUCGGCACCUACAACCCCAUCCCAAAACGUCCCACGAACUUGUACGAGAAUACCGAUGCCCGCCCAUAUAAGGAGAUCGCCCUCGACCGGUCACGCGCAAAGUACUGGCUCGGUGUUGGUGCGCAGCCUAGUGAUCCUGUCUGGAAACUGAUGGGCAUGGCCGGUCUUGUUGCGCCCAAACCUACUACUUUUGACAAAGCUUGA